UAGGUUUUGAAUCAGAAAUUACACAAAGGUUGACAAUAACAGUCUGGCGGGAACUAUUUUUAUGUUAUACGUGUAUACAAUCAAAGUUUAUUGUUUUAUAUAAAAUAAUAUUAAAUGUUUUGUAACGAAUUUAUAUUUUUACAUGUCCAAUAUAUUAUUCUUAUAAUCAUAGAGAAAGAAGAAAUAGAGUCAAAGUCAUUAAGAAUUAAUUUAAUGUUAGGAUUAAAUGAUAAAGAAAAAGUUUUUGUGGUUAUCGUUUUUUGCCUUAUAAUUUUGUUAUCGUUGUUACUUUCUUUAUUUAUAAGAUGGCAAAAGAGCAAAGGAUUAGAAAAAAGAGAAGAAGCGUGGAAUUUGAAAAUGAUAAUAGAAAAAAAUCGAAAAAUUCUUCUGACAACACUUCUACGCGGAAAUAUAUUGUUGGUAAAAUAACCAAAAUCGCUAUGCAGAACUUCAUGUGUCAUGAUGCUAUGCAAGUAACAUUAAAUCAAAAUGUAAAUUUUAUUGUGGGAAGAAAUGGAAGUGGUAAAAGUGCUAUAUUAACUGCUUUAACAAUAGGGCUUGGAGCUAGAGCCAAUGUUACUAAUAGAGGUGUAUCCGUUAAAGAUUUUAUCAAGAAAGGUAAAAGCGUGGCUGUUAUAGAAAUAACAUUGAUUAAUAAAGGUUGUAUGGCUUAUAAACAUGAUAUAUAUGGUGAUUGGAUAACAAUUAUUCGAUCUAUAGGCAAACGUUCUGGAUAUAAAAUUAAAAAUUGGCAAGGUGAAGUUAUUUCAACAAAGCGAGAUGAAUUAGAGAGUAUAUUAUACGCAAUGAAUAUACAAAUAGAUAAUCCAAUUUCAAUAUUAAAUCAAGAUGUGUCCAAAACAUUUUUAGUAUCAUCUAAGAGUGAAGAAAAAUACGAACUAUUUAUGAAAGCUACACGUUUGGAUGUCAUUGGGAAUAAUUAUAGAGAAGCUAUAAUUUCUAGUGAAGAAGCAAAUAAAAAGUUGGAACAGGCUAAUGAGGUAUUACAUAAAACAAAAGAAGAACUUGAUGAUCUUAAAGAAAGAAUACAACUAUUAAAUGAAGUUGAUGGAUUAAGAAAUAAAUUAGAAGAUUUACAUAUGGAAUUGCAGUGGGCUAUUGCGAUAUCAGAAGAGGCAAAACUUCAACAUUAUAAAGAAAAUCUGCAGAAGUGUAAACAGAAACUACAAGAACUUAAAAAAACUGCUGGAUCUAUGGAAACCAAAGAUGCAGAAAUUACUGAAAAAAUAACGCAAUUACAGAGUGAAGUACAACAAGCAGAACAAAAGGUUUUAGAUAGUUCCAAUAAAUUCAAAGAUGCAAAAAAUAAAUGUAUUGUUGAAAAAGAGACAUAUUCUGCUAAAAUAAAAGAAUUGCGUAUUGCGCAAAUAAAAACAAAACAUUUGGCGGACGAUAUUAACUUACUUCGUAAAGAAAUUCAGCGGUUAGAAUGCGGAGAUGAUAAACAGGAUGAACGAAACAAGAUAAAACAAUGUCUUGGAGAAUUGCAACAUAAACUUGAUGAAGUUGAAGCUAUGUUACGUACGAAGAAAACAGAUUCGAUGCAUUUAGAAACAAACAGAGUGAGACGUUCUCAAGAAAUACAAUCAAAAAAGAUCGAAAUAGAUAGUAAUGAAGUUCGGAUUCGUAAACUCAAGCGAGAAUUACAAGUUUUAAAGCAACAAUCUGAUAAUGCAUUAAUCGUAUUUGGACCAAAUAUACCACGGCUACUUAAACGUAUCGAAGAAGAAUAUAAAAAAGGACGAUUUAAACAGAGACCUCGUGGUCCUCUAGGUGCAUAUGUAAUGAUGAAGGAUCCAGAAUGGAUUCCAGCUGUGGAAAAUUUUUUGGGUGCUACUUGUUUUAGUACAUUUUGUGCAGAUAACAGUGAGGAUGCUAAAGUACUUACCAAAAUCAUGGAAGAAGUUUUUCUUAAUGAAAGAAUACCUCAAAUCGUAUAUAGCAAAUUUUUCAGUAAAAUUCAUGACGUUAGUCAACAUUGUACUCGUUCGUCUGACUAUUUCAACAUGUUAGAGGCAAUGGAAAUAUCGGAUCCUGUUGUAGCAAAUUGUUUAAUAGAUCAAUGGGAGAUCGAAUGUGUAUUACUCAUUCGAACAGGUCAAGAAGCGUGCGAAAUUAUGUCUGAUGCAAAGAAAGUUCCACAUAAUUGUAAAAGAGCCAUAACUCAACAAGGUGAUAUGUUUUAUCCAGAUCCAAAUUAUCGAACUUAUGGAGCAAGACGGGGAAUAAGGGCUAAAUAUCUUCAAAUAUCUACUACGGAAGCCAUUCACCGAUUAGAAGAAGAACUCGCUAUUGUCGAAGAAGAAAGAAAUGCUGGUAUGAAAUUAUAUACAAAUUUAUGUGAACAGACAGAACGAACACAACGAGAAUUAGCAGAUGUUAAUGCUAAAAUAGCGAAAUUACAUUCUGCACGAGACAAAUAUAAAACAGCAAUUAAUGAUUUUACAGAUAAAAUAAAAGCGAGUGAAGCUAUAUCAGUAACCGUAUUUCAUACUGAAUUAACAGAAUUAGAGAAAAAAUUACAAAAUGAAAAAUCAGAAGAACAACGUUUAAGUAUAGAGAUAGAACAAUUGGAAAAGAAUAUUAAUAAUUUAGAGAAUGAAGUUAAACAUUACAGAGAAUUGAGAUAUGACUUAGACUUGAAAGUCAAUCCUUUAAACGAAGAAAUUCGUCGUCUUAAAGAUGAGAAAGAAAUGCUUCAUUUAAAAGAUCAGCAAGCAACCCGUACUUUAAAAAAAACCGAAGAAGCUGUGCAAAGUGCUGUUGCAGAAUUUGAAAGUCAACAAGAAAUAACAAAUGAAGCGAUAGAAAAUGCAAGUAAAUGUUGUCCAAGGAUGAAUACAGAAAGAACGAUGAAUGAAAUAAAGAACUUGCAUAAAAGUUUAAAAUGGAAGAUUCAUGAAGUAGAACAAUCAUUUGGUUCUAAAAAAGAAUUGUCUAAAAAGUUAAAAAGCAUGAAGGAAAAAUACAGUAACGUAAUUGAAUUCUCUUCUGUUAUUGAAGAGAAUAAUAGAAAUCAAUUGCGACGUCUUAAAAGCCGGAAAAAAAUGUAUGAAAAUAUGAAACAAGCUAUUGGCGUUAAAGUAAAAAAUUCUUUUUCUACUAUAUUAGCACUUAGAAAAUAUAAGGGUAGUAUAAACAUCGACCAUGUACAUAAAUUACUUACAUUACAAGUAAGCCCUCAAAAUGAUAAUCAAAAUUCAAUUACCGAUACUAGAUCGUUAUCCGGUGGAGAAAGAUCUUAUUCUACAGUUGCUUUCAUGUUAGCUCUUUGGGACUGUACUAAUUUGCCAUUUUAUUUUCUGGAUGAAUUUGAUGUAUUUAUGGAUAAGGUAAAUCGACGAGUGAUAAUGGAUAUUUUAUUAGAUUACACUAAAUCACAUCCUCAAUGUCAAUUCACUUUCCUUACACCUUUGGACACGUCAAAUAUCUUGGCAGAAGAUUUUGUGACGAUACAUCAAUUAGCUCCGCCAGAAAGAGCGUAAUGGAUAAUUUCUAUUUUUUGUGAAUUUUCUGAAAGGUUAUAUUUUUUUGUAAAAAUGUGAAAAAAAUAACAAAAAGAAUUACAAUGUCAGAAAA